UAUCCCAAAUUUGGGUUACAGCAGGUCUUGACGACAGUAUCAACACUGUUGAAGAUGGAUGGAAUGUGUACCGGAAACUAUAUGGUGACGAUUAUACGCGCUUUUUCAUAUUCUGGACGAAUGACGGAUACAAAAACUCGGGUUGAUACAACCUCAUGUGUGAUGGUUUUGUGCACAUAUCUUCAACUAUUGCCCUUGGAUGCAAUUUCACUGAGGUCUCCACCUUCAAUGGUAGCCAAAGAGAUGCCACCUUUAGCAUCCACAGGGACCAAAAUAGUGGACACUGGUGGGUACAAUUAUAAGGUAUUUCGGUUGGUUAUUAUCCAAGUAUUCUCUUCAAAGAAUUAUCAAGCAGGGCAACACGGGUAAUUUGGGGUGGAGAAAUCCUUAAUCGGAAAAGUAAAGGAUGACAUACAUGGACUCAAAUGGGUAGCGGUCAUUUCCCUUCGGAAGGUGGUUUGAAAACAUCGAGUUAUUUUAAUUGGGUUCAAGUAGUUAAUGAAAAUUAUACGACCGAGGACCCUAAAAAUGUUAUUAUAGAUACUAGGAAGCCAGAUUGCUAUGGUUUGAAGAUUGACGAGGACCGCUAUGAUACAAAUGGUUACGGUUUUUACU